AUGCUAGGAGGUUUUAUUUUUAUAUUAUCAUUGAUAUCGCAGCUUGCAAGCUCUCAUUCUAUUACAGGGAAACUAGAUGUGCCAGUUUUGGGACCUCAGGAGAGCUUUGGCACCAACAUCCAUCUAACUGAUUUAGAGGAUCGCCGCAUCACCAAGGGUUUUUUACAACAGGAUGGAUCAUUUGAGUUUGUGGGGCUAAGUGAAGGUUCAUACUUGAUUGAAGUUGAUAUGUUGAAUUACAUUUUGGAAUAUCCAUGUAUCAAUGUCGAAAUCAAGAAGGAGGCUGUUUUGCAAGACGAUGGGACGUUAAAGGAAGAAACUGCAAUUAUGGCCUACGAGUAUCAAAUGGGUCAUCCAGUGCAUGAUCUCACUAAUGAAAUAGAAUAUCCAUUAGUGAUUUCACCACAUCCUAAACAUUCUACAAAAUUGUAUUAUGAACAGAAAAACAAAGGAUUGGCGGCGACAGGACAAUUGGGGGCCAUCAUCAGUAAUCCUUGGCUUCUUGGUGGUGGAUGCUUGAUGGCUGUGACUCUAUUACUCCCUAUGAUAAUUGAGAAAGUCGACCCGGAGUAUGCUGAAAAGAAGCUCAUGGCUGAUUUGGAUGAGGGAGACUCGCCGUCUGUCGACCAGUUAUUUCCUGCUACAAGUGGGGAGAAACAGCAGAUAGUCAUGGGUCAUCAACAAAGAUCGGGAAACAAGUCAAAUAAGAAGUAG